GUGGCCACUGAGCCUGGGCCUGGGGCCUGGCUGGCCGGGUGUACAGCGCGCGGGAGGGGCAGGGGCCGGCCGGUCACCGCGCCCAGCAGAGCGCGGGGAGGGAGAGGGCCAGAGCGCCACUGCUCGCCUCCGUGUGCCUGCGGGCGGUCCCGCGUGGCCCCUCGGCCCGCACUCGGCGCCUCCGCCGCCGCUGCUGCCUCCGAGAGGCUGCGCGUGGGCUGGCGCGGCGGGCCCCAGGAUACUGGAAUUUUUUACCGUCUGUGAAAUCUUCCUUGUAAUUCAUUUUUCGUCACUUCCAUAUUAAGAGUUAUACAAAACUGAAAAGAUAUGAAUGAAUAUCCUAAAAAAAGAAAAAGGAAAACUUUACACCCUUCUCGUUACUCAGAUUCCUCUGGAAUAAGCAGAAUUGCAGAUGGAUUCAAUGGAAUUUUUUCUGAUCAUUGUUACAGUGUCUGUUCUAUGAGACAACCGGACUUAAAAUAUUUUGACAACAAAGAUGAUGAUUCUGACACAGAGACAUCAAAUGACUUGCCAAAAUUUACAGAUGGAGUCAAGGCCAGAAACAGAAAUCAGAACUAUCUGGUUCCCAGUCCCGUACUUAGAAUUCUAGACCACACUGCCUUCUCUACAGAUAAAUCUGCUGAUGUUGAAAUUUGUGAUGAGGAGUGUGACUCACCUGAAUCAGUCAACCAACAAACUCAAGAGGAGAGCCCUAUAGAAGUCCACACUGCUGAAGAUGUUCCAAUUGCUGCGGAAGUGCAUGCAAUUUCUGAAGAUUAUGAUAUUGAGACAGAAAACAAUUCCUCUGAGAGUCUCCAGGACCAAACUGAUGAAGAGCCACCAGCUAAACUUUGCAAAAUACUUGAUAAGAGCCAAGCUCUGAAUGUGACUGCCCAGCAGAAAUGGCCUUUACUGAGAGCUAAUAGCAGUGGCCUCUAUAAAUGUGAACUUUGCGAGUUCAACAGCAAAUAUUUUUCUGACUUAAAGCAGCAUAUGAUUCUGAAGCAUAAGCGUACCGAUUCAAAUGUGUGUCGAGUAUGUAAGGAAAGUUUCUCUACCAACAUGCUCCUGAUUGAACAUGCCAAACUGCAUGAAGAGGAUCCCUACAUCUGUAAAUACUGUGAUUACAAGACAGUAAUUUUUGAGAACCUCAGCCAGCACAUUGCAGACACCCAUUUUAGUGAUCACCUUUAUUGGUGCGAGCAGUGUGAUGUACAGUUCUCCUCAAGCAGUGAACUCUACCUGCAUUUCCAGGAGCACAGCUGUGACGAACAGUACUUGUGUCAGUUCUGUGAACAUGAAACAAAUGAUCCAGAAGACUUGCAUAGCCACGUGGUGAAUGAACAUGCAUGUAAAUUAAUAGAGUUAAGUGACAAGUAUAACAAUGGAGAGCAUGGACAGUACAGCCUCUUAAGCAAAAUUACCUUUGACAAAUGUAAAAACUUCUUUGUCUGUCAAGUGUGUGGUUUUCGGAGUAGACUUCAUACAAAUGUUAAUAGGCAUGUUGCUAUUGAACAUACUAAAAUUUUUCCUCAUGUUUGUGAUGACUGUGGCAAAGGCUUCUCAAGUAUGCUAGAAUAUUGCAAACAUUUAAAUUCACAUUUAUCUGAAGGGAUUUAUUUAUGUCAAUACUGUGAAUAUUCAACAGGACAAAUUGAAGAUCUUAAAAUUCAUCUAGACUUCAAGCAUUCAGCUGACUUGCCUCAUAAAUGUAGUGACUGCUUGAUGAGGUUUGGAAAUGAAAGGGAAUUAUUAAGUCACAUUCCAGUCCACGAGACAACUUGAUUAUUCUUAACUUCCACAGUGUUAAUGUAAAAGAAUAAAUGCAGCUUUUUUGGAGACGUUAAGAUGGAUGAUUUUAAACACAGUAUGAGAAUUGUCUUUAAUAAGUUAGAUUUUUAAUUGUCCAGUUUUCUUGGCAUUGUUACAUUUUUCAGUAUAUUAUUGUAUCCAAAAUAUGAUACUUUCAGUGCAUGGUAGUUCAUAGUUUUAACCGCUCUUGGUGUCUAUCAUUUUGUGCAUGUGCUCUGAUUUCAUGAAUGAAUAAGAAACAAAUGUACUGAAAAUACUAGACUAGUUUCCCUUCCAUAACCAUAGGUGCUAUUAACUUUUUAAAACUCAAGACAAGCUUAGUUUUUCAUGUAUGAAGUCAUUAAAGUACUGAAGUACCAAAACUAAAAUGAAACAUAAUAUAUAGUUAAAUCCACUGAUAUACCCAUUAAUAAGAACCCAGACCCUUCUUUUGCAUUCUCCAUCAGUAAUUAUCCCCAAGGCUCUCCAUCUGAGUGAUUUGAUAACUCCAGAAGGCCAAUGCCAUAGUAGGAAGAAAAGAUCCAAUUUUCUCGGCAGUUUUUUUUAAUUCUCACUUUUUUUUAGCCCUUAUGUAUGUGUUAAAUAAUUUAAGGUGAGUAUGAAGGGGAACCGGUAAGGGAUUAGACAUAGAGAAGUAACAUUUCAUAACUCCUAACCUGUUCACAUUUCAUUUUCAGUUACGCAGCUGCAAAGUCAUGCAUGUCCAAACUUCUGAUGUCAAAUUAUUUAUUGACUGAGCCCUGGCUGGUGUGGCUCAGUGGGUUGAGCACUGGCCUGUGAACUGAAAGGUUGCAGGUUUGAUUCCCAGUCAGGCCACAUGCCUGGGUGGGCCACAUCCACAGUUGGGGGUAUG